AUGGGCGACUCAGGUUUAGGAACGAUAUCCGGCGGUUUACGAGGCCGUCGCUUCCCCAUCCGACUCAUCUUGUCCUACCUCUCCGACUGGAUUAUUUGCUUCGCCUUGGUUGGUGUCGGAGGUUGGCUCGACAAAGUUGCGCCAGCCAAGCGACCAUUUUCACUUGUCGAUCCCAACAUCUCAUACCCUUUUGCCGAACAUGAACUCGUCCCUGCCUACCUCCUCUUCGUCCUCGCCAUUGGCGUGCCCUUCGUCAUCGUCGCCGUCGUCUCUUUGAUCUUCGUCCCCGGUCCGACCGUUCCCAAAGGCACCCCAAAGACUCUCAUCUGGCAGCGAAAACUGUGGGAGCUUCAUGUUGGUGUUUUAGGACUCGUCCUCUCCCUCACGCUGUCGUGGUUUUUCACCAGCUCGAUGAAGAACCUCUUUGGCAAACCUCGACCCGAUCUCCUCUCUCGCUGCGAACCUGACAUAGCAAAUGUUGAGAAAUACCUUGUCGGUGGUUUUGAAUGGCGCAACAUGACCGGCCAGCUCGUUUCCGCUGCCAUUUGCAAACAAAAAGACAAGUACAAGAUCGAUGAUGGUUUCCGUUCGUACCCUAGCGGUCACUCAUCUUCUGCCGCUGGCGGCCUCAUCUACGCUUCACUCUUCAUGGCCAGCAAAUUUGCGAUUACUAUCCCGUUUGUUAUGCCUUCGGCUGCCGCUGCUGCGGGAGCUGCCAGUCAUGCUGCGUUCCCUUCCCGUAUCAGCACUGGCCCUAUUGUCGAUCCCUACGAACCUUCGCGCGCCCGCGGUCUCGAUGGAUCUUUCUCUUCUGCACCCAUGAAGGGCCAAGAAACCGCCAAGGUCCAGUCUCUGCGCCGCCAAGCUGCUGCGCCCCCGAUUUAUCUCCUUGCUCUUGGCCUUGUGCCUUUUGGCGUCUCCAUCUUCAUUGCUGGUUCGCGCUGGCACGACCGUCGUCACCACGGUUUUGAUAUUCUGUUUGGUUACCUGAUGGGUCUCAUUGCCGCUAUCUUUGCCUUCCGUUACUACCAUUUGCCAAUCCGUGCUGGCGCAGGCUGGGCAUGGGGUCCUCGAAGUGACGAGCGGGCCUUCUGGGCUGGCGUUGGACGACAUGGCUAUGCUGGCACAGACGAAGAGCUUGGCUCAUAUGCGCCAACACGACAUGACACAGGUGUGUCUGGAGACACAUCAUACCCACCCAUGACAUCUGCUCUGGCACAGCGAAACGUUCGCUCGACUUCGAACCAAGAAGAGCCUCGCCCUAGCCAGAACUUCCAAGACGUGGAACUGCAACGCAUGGACGACUCGGAUCGUCUGGAGAACAGGUUCCCGGAUAACCGGUUCGCUGAGAGUCGGUACGGUGACGCACACUACGCCGAACACCGUGUCUAA